AUGUCUGAUACGGAGAAGAAACUUCAAAGCGACGAGCCGGACCAAGGUUCACUGGAGAAGGGACAAAUUGAAGAAUUUGUCGUUCAGCCCCACCCCCAGUAUCAUUUCGAUGUACAUGACCUCGAUCGCGUACAACGACGACUCAAGCAACGCCAUGUCCAGAUGUAUGUCAUUGCUGGGACCAUUGGAACGGGUCUUUUUCUCGGUUCAGGGCAUGCUUUAGGUGGUGCUGGUCCUUUGGGGGCGUUGAUUGCGUAUGCUCUCGUCGGCACUGUGGCAUACGCGUCACUUUGCGCUGUUGGUGAAAUGACCACCUGGGCUCCGAUCUCAGGUACCUUCCCCCAUUUUGCUGCAAGAUGGGUAGACCCCGCUCUUGGAUUCGCUGUCGGUUGGAAUUAUUUCUACACCAAUGCUAUCUCUACACCUGUCGAAAUCACCGCAGCCGUUAUCUUGAUAACAUUCUGGGACAGCAAUGCAAGUGCGAAUCGCAACGGUGGCACCCACCAUGCUGCCAUUUACACAGCUGUUCUUUGUGUCUUGGUCUGUGCUAUCAAUAUCUUUGGUGUCAGGUGGUUCGGAGAAUCGGAAUUCUUCUUCUCUAUCAUCAAAAUUUUGUUGAUCAUUGGGUUGCUCAUCGCUGGACUGGUUAUCGACCUUGGAGGAGGUCCUUCAGGAGACCGUAUUGGAUUUAGGUACUGGAAACACCCUGGAGCUGUUGCUGGCGCGGGACUCGUCAAGAAUGUCAACACCGAUAGAUUCCUCGGGAUCCUAUCCGUGCUCGUCCAGGCAGCCUUCUCCUUCCAGGGAAUGGAGUUGGUCGCGAUCGCUGCAUCUGAGACCGAAAGCCCCCGUCGGAAUAUUACCAAAGCAGUUCACCGUGUCUUCUAUCGCAUCGUCAUCUUCUACAUUUUGGGUGUUCUUAUGAUCGGAAUGUUGGUAGCGUACAACGACCCUGCGCUGCUUAAAAGUACUGGCACUGCUGCACAGUCUCCUUUCGUGAUUGCCAUGAAGCGUGCUGGAGUGAGAGUUCUCCCUCAUAUUGUUAAUGGCGCUAUUUUCUCGAGUGCUUUCUCUGCUGGAAACAGUUUCUUGUUCUGUUCGUCCCGUAUCCUCUACGGCCUUGCCCUCCGUGGGCAGGCACCCCGCUUCUUGACCUACUGCACAAAGGGGGGUCUUCCUUUAUUUGCCGUUCUCGUCGCCAGCGCCUUUUCGUUCCUCGCUUUCAUGAACGUAUCAUCAGGAGCAGAAACCGUAUUUAAUUGGUUUGUCAACCUCUCGACCACUGGAGGCUUCUCUAGCUGGUUCUCGAUGAAUCUGACCUACAUUUUCUUCUAUCGAGGCAUGAAAGCCCAAGGAUUCGAUCUCACGAAAAACGCCUAUAACAACAGAUGGCAACCUUAUGUUGCAUACUGGGGUUGUGGAUGGACGAUGUUCUUCAUCCUGAUUAACGGCUUUGCUGUUUUCUUUGGGAAAUUUGAUGUUUCUGGAUUCUUCGUUGCUUAUGUCAACAUUCCAAUCUUCUUAAUUUUGUAUUUUGGAUACAAGAUUGUGAAGAAGACCAAGAUCUGGAAGCCAUCGGAAAUGGACUUUGUCACCGGCAUUCCUAGUAUGGAAGAGACCGAGACCCCUGAGAUUCCACCCAAGAAUAUUUGGGAGCGCAUUGCUGGAAUUCUUUUCUAGAGAACUAUGCAUCUGCCUAUUUUGCCCUCUUUACUCGGUUGUAUUACACACAUCGUGUUUUAACACGCUAUGUGACAUAAUGAUAAU